GAUUGCCGCUCCUGAGCUUCUAUUUUGAACAUAAAUACGAGCAGCUUCAGUCUCUUUUUCUCAGAAACCAGGGGCUGUCAGAGAGGGAGUACGCUGUGCUGCAGCUCUCUGACAGGAACAACAAUUAUGCGGGUUUAAUAAUUUAGCAAGAUAGAAUCAAAGUUUCACUCCACACGGAACUGCCGAGUCAUUUCCAGCCGGUGUUUCGGAUCGUAUGUUUGGAAAUGUUUUCUUAAAUUGUUGCUAGCUAACUGGUUAGCUUCCGGAUUAGCUUCAAGUUUGGACCGUCUUGCUAAUUCUCACUUUCUGACUCGAAAUUCAAACUAAAUAUACCACAAAGCAAUAACGUCUGUAAGAUUGAUACAAAUUGGACAGCUAAAGAUGGAGUCGGUCAAUAUUUUUGGCAGCACCAGUCCUGUUAACACCGUUUUGAAAAGCAGGCCCGACGGGAUCCCCGGGCUUUCCUCGCUCUCUCUGCCCGAGCUGAGCACAAAGACCACGCACUGCAGGAACCUAUUCUCCCCUGGACCCGCGACUGUGUUGUCUCCUGUCACCAAUUUGGCCCUGGACAUGAACAAUUUAAUUGGGCUCGGAAGCCAAUGUGAUACCCCGAAAAGGAGAAAGCAUGCAGUUCUUGAGAAGAUUCCCUCCUUUGCUUCUGACGUCUCAUCUGAUGCUGGCCUAGGCAUGGAUUCCCCGAGCCCCAUGGAUUCUGUUGAAAUGGAGGACACAUUUGAAAAGGCCAUUCAGCAGUCAAGAAGAAUUGUCAACGAAAAGAUGCCAAUUCGAAGAAUCAACUCAUUGCCACUCCAGCUCCAGAGUUUCAGUCCAUCUCUGAAGGGACAGGAAAAAGAUUCUCACCGUUAUGGAAUAUUCGGCCAACCACCCUGCCAAAUGACCGCCUCCUCCACCUCUCAACGUGACAAGGAGAACAUGCCUGAGGAGGGCUUUGAAUUCAAGAAACCAACCAAGCCGGCGUCACGGUGUCGUGUGCGCUCCUUCACCAGCGGUCAGUCAAAGGACUCGUUCGCCUGCCGUCCCAGCUCAGCACCAGCCCUCAUGUUUUCUUCACCUCCUCAAAUCCAGCAGCUUGACUUUUAUGACUCCAGCCCCAUGUUCCUGAGACGUUCCUCCCUCACUUCCCCUCUAAACGACGACGAAGAUGACGGCUUUCUGGACGUACUGGAUGACAACAUGGAGAACGACUCUGGGAUGCCGAUGGGAAUGGCCAGCUUGCUCACUGCGCCACUGGUGGCCGACAGCACAGGAGAAGACUCUCCUUUGAUUCGCUGCCGGCCGCGGAGCCUGUUUCGCUCCCCUUCAAUGCCCAGUCCGGUGUCACGUCCCUCUGCGAAGCGUCCCGACUGCCCCGGAGACGAAAACACACCUGUCAGAGUGAAGAGGCGACGCAGCCUGGCAGGAACACAGGUCACCAACCUGGAACAAAACCCUGAAUCCCCAAGAAUGGGCUGUUCACUGCUCCAGAGGUCCAAGUCCUUCUGCCAGACAGAGAUUGAGAAGCUGCUGGACGGUGAGGAUGGCUCUAAUGAGCUAAUAGGAGAUUUCACCAAGCCUUUUAUACUGCCCACAGUAAAUGGCAAACAUCAAGACCUCAAGUACAUUACCUCAGAGACGAUGGUGGCAGCUGUGUCCGGCCAGUUUAAUCAGCUAGUCGAGCAAGUCAUUGUCCUCGACUGCCGCUACCCCUACGAGUUUGAGGGAGGACACAUCAAGGGAGCUCUGAACCUGCACCAGGAGGACCAGGUAGAGGAUUUCCUCCUCAAAAUGCCCAUCAUCCCGUCCUGCCCGGACAAACGCAUCGUCAUCAUCUUCCACUGCGAGUUCUCGUCGGAGCGCGGCCCUCGAAUGUGCCGCUUCGUCAGGGAGCGAGACCGUGCCAUGAACGAGUAUCCCAAACUCCACUACCCUGAGCUCUACAUCCUCAAGGGCGGAUACAAAGACUUCUUCCCCCAUUACCAGUCACAAUGUGAACCUCAGUCCUACCGGCCCAUGCACCACGAGGACUUUAAGGAGGACCUGAGGAAGUUUCGCCUAAAGAGUCGCACCUGGGCCGGGGAGCGCAGCAAGAGAGACAUGUACAGCCGACUGAAGAAGCUGUGAGCGCCUCCUCAUCCUCUUAAACUGCCUCUAAAACACACUGCCUCCCCCUGAACAGACAGAGUACAAACUCCCCUCAAUGCCUGAGGCCUCGCCCCACCAAUGAGGAAAUGCCUUUUGGGAUUGUGCCAACAGAAGGGGGAUUUUAUAAAGUCUCUAAAAGUUUCAUUAAUAGCAAAGUUAGUUAUUUAUGCAAAUUCAAAGAGGGAAAGACGUACAAUAAUGAACGCUUGACCUAAAGAAGUCGCAGAGGUGCAGUGACGAGAUUUCAUUAAGGUGAUGUUAAGCAAUGUGAUCGUUUUUAAAAACCACUUGGACCUACUGCCUGUUUUACCUUUUUUAUUAUGCUGGCAUUUGCAGCACAAAUCACUGCCGGAUUGCAAUAGUACAAACAAACCAAACCACACUGCCAAGUCUGAAGUUUGUCUUUCAUUCUCCUUGCUGGAUAUUUUUGUUUUGCAUUUGUCAUGUCCCACUUUAUUUAAGCACUUAAUUUAAAUACCUUGAAAUGGUGAGGUGCUUUUUUUGAUACUGCCUUUUUGUAUGCUUUUUUUUUUUUUAAAAAUGAAUUGUUUACCCCAUUUACAUUUUUAUUUUGAUUUGAAAGUAUGCCUUUCUCUAGGCAUCGCAAAUUGGAUAUUUUAAUGACAACUUGUAAAGUAUAAGAUUUGUUUUUUUUCCCCCCUUUCCUGAUCAGCUGCAAUACUUGGUAACUUUUUUUCUUGGUCAGAAGAUACCAAAGCAAACCAACUACUACCUGUUAACUUUGCAGUGAGAUUAGAUUCUAAUGCUGCAGGUCAGCAAGUGUGAGGAUUUUUGAUCUAAGAAAAACAUUUUCUUUGUUUUGCUUUGAUUCCUUAAUUUUGAGAGAGAAAAUGUUUCACUCUGCAGAGUGAAAUGUCAGUUUAUAAUGAAUGGGGUGGUUUGAAUAUUUUGGUACAGGCUUGUGGGGGAGCUGCUGAAAUAAAGAGCCAGUGUGUGUUCAAA